AUGUGGUGUCUCACACUAGCUAGGCGAAUGCGUCGAGAUCAUACUGGUACAAUAUUGAAAUCUGAUGGGUAUAAAAGUUCAGGGAAGGAUAGGUUGUCACAUUUUCAGGUCAUUACGUCGAGCUUUCCUUCGAUCUGCAAGUAUGAAGGUCAUCGCAUUGUUUAUUGUGCUAUGUCUAGCGCAAUCCAUCACAGGAUGUUGGCGUGCCCAGACCCUCACUUUUGGGAAAUUCAAACACAUUGGCCUUCUAACAUUUGCAACAAAUAUAUGGGGGAUAUGGUUGUGGAAUAUUUCCAACGAAAAUUCGACAAAAACGAUCCAUUCGGCAAUUAUAAGGUUCUCUCAUAUAAGGAUGGAGGCCGAUUCGAAUUCGUUCAUUACCCUUUCUUCGUUCUGCAAUACGAUGAGAGGAGGGAAGUUUACAAACCAUACUACUUUGAAUACAUAGAGGAGGAGGACAAGAUAACAAAGAAGUCCACUCGCAAAAUAGGUCCGUUGACCGAAGAGGAAUUCACAACUAAAUAUAACCAUUGCAAAAGGUGGUGA